AUGGCGACCAGGAAAACCUUCAUCCUAUUUCUUGUCCUUCUUUUGCUUCCUUUAUUUCUCGAAUUUUUCUUACUUGAAGCCCUUGUGAUCAAUUCCACUGAUGGUGAUAGGGACGUGGUUUGCAUUGAGAUGGAGCAGAAAGCCCUUCUUAAAUUCAAAGGUGGUCUGGAAGAUCCUUCAGGUCGGCUUUCUUCUUGGGUUGGUGGAGAUUGUUGCAAAUGGCGAGGCGUGGAUUGCAAUAAUGAGACAGGACAUGUUAUAAAGCUAGACCUCAAAAACCCUUAUCAAUCCGAUGAAGCAGCAUUUCCCUUGUCUCGUUUAAUUGGCCAGAUAAGUGAUUCCUUGCUUGAUUUGAAAUAUUUGAAUUACCUGGAUUUGUCUAAAAAUGAAUUGAGCGGCCUGAUCCCUGAUUCAAUAGGAAACCUUGACCACUUAAGAUAUCUUGAUCUUAGGGACAACUCAAUCUCGGGUUCAAUUCCAGCAUCCAUUGGAAGGCUGUUGUUGUUGGAGGAAUUGGACCUCUCUCACAACGGAAUGAAUGGGACCAUCCCAGAAAGUAUAGGACAACUGAAAGAGCUCCUUAGCUUAACACUUGAUUGGAAUCCUUGGAAGGGGAGGGUAUCCGAAAUUCACUUCAUGGGUCUUAUAAAACUGGAAUAUUUCUCCUCAUACUUAUCACCGGCUACAAACAACUCUCUGGUUUUCGAUAUUACAAGUGACUGGAUUCCUCCUUUCAGUCUCAAGGUUAUCAGAAUGGGCAACUGCAUACUGUCUCAAACAUUCCCUUCCUGGCUCGGAACUCAGAAGGAACUUUACCGAAUAAUCCUCCGUAAUGUUGGGAUUUCAGACACUAUACCAGAAUGGCUUUGGAAGUUGUCUCCACAGCUUGGGUGGUUAGAUCUUUCCAGGAACCAAUUGAGGGGAAAACCUCCCAGUCCCUUAUCCUUCAACACAUCGCAUGGAUGGAGUAUGGCAGAUUUAAGUUUCAACCGCUUAGAGGGUCCACUCCCACUUUGGUAUAAUUUGACGUAUCUUGUUUUGGGGAACAAUUUAUUUUCAGGUCCAGUUCCCUCCAAUAUUGGGGAAUUAUCAAGUUUGAGAGUCCUGGUUGUUUCGGGGAACUUGUUGAAUGGGACCAUCCCAUCAUCAUUAACUAACCUGAAGAAUUUGAGGAUUAUUGAUCUCUCAAAUAACCAUUUAUCUGGAAAGAUUCCCAAUCAUUGGAAUGAUAUGGAAAUGCUUGGCAUCAUUGAUCUAUCCAAGAACAGACUGUAUGGCGAGAUUCCAAGUUCCAUAUGUUCAAUCCAUGUAAUUUACUUUUUGAAACUGGGCGACAACAAUCUUUCUGGGGAACUCUCUCCAAGCUUACAAAACUGCAGUCUGUACUCCCUUGAUCUUGGAAAUAACAGGUUUUCAGGUGAGAUACCCAAAUGGAUCGGAGAAAGAAUGUCAUCACUGAAGCAGCUACGCCUACGAGGCAACAUGCUGACCGGAAAUAUUCCUGAACAACUAUGUGGGCUUUCUGAUCUCCGCAUUUUGGACCUUGCACUAAAUAAUCUAUCAGGAUCCAUCCCUCCAUGCUUAGGCCAUUUGAGUGCUAUGAAUCAUGUGACCUUAUUAGGUCCUUCUCCAGAUUACCUAUAUACUGAUUAUUAUUACUACAGGGAGGGAAUGGAGCUAGUUCUGAAGGGAAAAGAAAUGGAAUUUGAGAGGAUACUUUCAAUUGUGAAGUUGAUAGACCUUUCUAGGAAUAACUUAUCGGGAGUGAUUCCACAUGGGAUUGCAAAUCUCUCAACCUUGGGUACCUUGAAUUUGUCCUGGAACCAAUUGACUGGAAAGGUACCCGAGGACAUUGGAGCCAUGCAAGGGUUAGAAACUCUGGACUUCUCGAGCAACCGCCUUUCAGGCCCAAUUCCUCUGAGCAUGGCUUCUAUAACCUCAUUGAGCCAUUUGAACUUGUCGCAUAACCUCCUGUCAGGACCCAUUCCAACAACCAACCAGUUCCCUACAUUCGAUGAUCCAUCCAUGUAUGAGGGUAACCUGGGACUUUGUGGGCUUCCAUUGUCAACCCAGUGCUCCACUCCUAAUGAAGAUCACAAAGAUGAGGAAGAUGAGAAGGAAGAUCAUGACGAUGGGUGGGAAACAUUAUGGUUCUUCACAAGCAUGGGAUUGGGCUUCCCGGUGGGAUUUUGGGCUGUAUGUGGCACUUUGGCUCUAAAAAAGUCUUGGAGGCAUGCUUAUUUUCGGUUUGUUGGUGAAGCAAAAGAUAGGAUGUAUGUCUUUAUUGCAGUGAAUGUGGCUCGUUUCCAAAGGAAGAUGAAAAGAAAUGGUGGAGCUCAUGGUUGA